GUGGUAAAUGCCAAGACUGGUCCACUUGGAGCACAUAGGGAUAGGGGAGAACAUAUCUGUUCUCUGGAGCAGGACAAGAUACGCACUACACAACAACUAUAGACUUCUCUUGCCCUAGAACUCGAUUUCACCAUGGCUGAUCCUGAACUAGAAGCGAUUAGACAAAGAAGGAUUCAGGAGCUUAUGGCUCAACGUGGAAUGGGGAAUCAGCUGGCUGAGAACUCUGAGCAGCAAAGUGCACAGGACGAUGCUAAAAGGGAGGCAGAGGAGCGAAGGCAAAUGAUGCUUAGUCAGAUUUUGUCUGCCGAAGCACGAGAAAGACUUGCCCGGAUUGCCUUGGUCAAACCUGAGAAGGCGAGAGGUGUUGAAGAUGUUAUAUUCAGAGCUGCUCAGAUGGGUCAGAUAGUUGAGAAGGUUUCUGAAGAGAGGCUUAUAUCAUUGCUGGAGCAGAUUAACAGCCAAACAGCUAAACAGACCAAAGUCACGAUCCAGAGGCGUCGGAGUGUGCUUGAAGAUGAUGAUUAGUUCAGAUAUGUAUGUUGGCUUAUGACUCAUUUCUCUAUGACAUUUGAUGAUAGAGCUUUAUGCUGGUUGUAUAUUAAUGUGAAAGGUCUUUGUUAGUGCCUUGUCACAUUCUCAACUAAAUUUUCGGUGCAACUUUGUAGCUAUGGCUGUCUCCUUUGCCUCUAUAUUUCUCAAAAUGACUGUGUAGUUGAGUGGUAAAUCUUUAUUAUAAUUGAUGCAUCAGUGUAUGCA